AUCCACCUCUGACGACACAAGAUGCCAGUCAGUCUCAGGCAAACUCCUUGACUAAGAUGCAAACAGGCCUUAAUGCAUCAUCUCCUGGUCCGGAUCUUACCACACAAGAGUUCAAGCAGGCAACCAAGGAGAAUCUGUCUAAUGUUGCUUUUGUGGAAUAUGAGGUACUGCUACCUGGUGUCUCUGGUACUUCCAUGGAAAAAAAUAUCACUUUGAACAAUGCAACUAUAAUUGAACUUUCAUGCAAAUUGGACAAGAAAUACUCUCACUUGAAAAACCUUCAAGUGACUUGGAAGUGGGGAAAUGAAACAAUUGGACACAUCAAUAAAACUGAAAACAGCUGGAGCAUCCGAUUGAAGAUUUUGGAUAACAGUAAGCUGGGAAGUUACAGGUGUACUCUGAAAGGUAAAGAAGAAAUUGGUGCUGUGUUUCAUUUACAAGUGCCAAAAAUUGGAGGAAAAGAAAAACCCAUAGUCAGUUACGAAGGAGAUACAGCUGUACUGAUUUGUAAAAGUCCUGACUAUACUCCCAUUGCUUGGACUUGGUAUAUGACGAAUGGAAGUGAACAGAUUGCCAUUAAUGACUCUUUGAUGGCAGACAAGUAUGUAAUUAGUAGCAUAUCUGCCAAUGUGACCCAUCUGAAGAUAACUAACCUUGCCCAGGAAGAUGAUGGUGUAUAUUGGUGUGAAGCUGCUUUUGAACUAGGAAAAAGUAAAGGAAAGCUGAAGCUUAAAGUUCUGUCCCUCAUGGUGCCUCUCAAACCCUUUCUAGCAAUUCUGGCUGAAGUUGUUAUUUUGGUAACUAUCAUUUUCCUUUAUGAGGCUUAUUCAAAAAAAAAAGAGAAACAUGCAG